CCUUUGUGGAACACGGUUACGCGAGUUUACACGAUGUGUGAGGACAAAUCAACGUUUCGUCUUCCAUGUUCGAACUCACCCGCGUACUGUUUGGCCAAUUUGGCAACCUCGUCUUUGUCGAAAAGGUACUGCUUGGUGGCCAUCCAGUGGUUCAGCAGCAGUACGGCCAAGGCGACAAUUCCAACAAACACCAACAGUUUGAAACACGUCCUGAAAAAAGCCAUUGUUGACACCGGACGACACCACAGACGUACAGCAACAGGUUUGUCCACCAAAAGAGGAAAAUAUGGCGCGGUUCGCACCACCUGCAAAGGAUUGGCAGUUACUUCCGGGUUUAGUGGAGGCGGGACGGAAUCGUUUCACCAAUCCUUGGCAGCAAUGCUCUCCGACUGUUCCAUUUGGUGGCAGUUUAAGGGUAUGCAGGGGAAUAUAAAUUGUUUUAUGGAUUUUAUUUGAGUUUACCGUAUGGUAUUUUUAGUUUGAAUUGUAUGUUCUGAAAAAUGUACGGACCACAUUCUUAUCAAGCGUCUAACUGUUGUUGUUUAAAAGUGAUUGCUGUGAAUGUCGAUAGAUAAUAGUACGCCCCUGUUUUUCAGGAAGUAGGCGACGGCGUUUGUUAGCGUUUACACGCUCGGGGGCCUUGAAUUGUUUUGUUGGGACUACACACAUCGUUGUUAAUAUGAGUGGCCCCGAAAUCCACUUUGAUCCGAAAGAUCACCAACACCUGCGUUAUAACCCUCUGAGGGACAGCUGGGUUCUGAUCUCAGCCCACCGCAUGAAGAGACCCUGGGCUGGUCAGGUGGAAAAACCUCUUGAAGAGCAUAUACCCAGAUAUGAUCCCCACAAUCCACUAUGCCCAGGGAACACACGUGCCAAUUUGGAGGUGAACCCAGAUUAUGAAGGCACGUUUGUGUUUGAAAAUGACUUCCCUGCCCUCCAGCCAAAUGCUCCGAAUCCUGGCCCAGAUCAACAUCCACUGUUCCAGUCUAAAGCUGCCAGAGGGGUGUGUAAGGUCAUGUGUUUCCAUCCCUGGUCUGAUGUCACACUCCCCCUCAUGACCAAAGAAGAGGUUGUCAAGGUGAUUGACAAGUGGGCGGAGCUGGUGGAAGAACUCGGUGCCACUUACCCCUGGGUUCAGAUCUUUGAAAAUAAAGGCGCUAUGAUGGGUUGCUCCAAUCCACAUCCUCACUGUCAGGUAUGGGCGAGCAACUUCCUGCCAAAUGAGCCAGCACUAUCCGAUCGCUGUCAGAGAGCGUUCUACGAGAAACACAAAGAGCCGCUGCUGCUGCAAUAUGCCAAGCAAGAAACAGAGAAAAAGGAGCGGUUGGUGGUGAUGAACGCUGACUGGCUGGCAGUGGUUCCUUAUUGGGCAACGUGGCCCUACCAGUUGCUACUGUUACCACGGCGACAUGUCCUCAGAAUCAGUGAACUGACCACAGAGGAAAGGGAAAGUCUGGCGGACAUUAUGAAGCGACUGCUGACCAAGUACGACAAUCUGUUUGAGUCGUCCUUUCCCUACUCCAUGGGCUGGCACGGAGCUCCUACCGGGCCCCACUUAAAGGAAGACAACUCCCACUGGCAACUGCAUGCUCACUACUACCCUCCUCUUCUGCGCUCAGCCACAGUGAGGAAGUUCAUGGUGGGCUAUGAGAUGCUCGCCCAGGAGCAGAGAGACCUCACUCCUGAACAGAGAGAAAGAGGAACCAAAGUGUGGACCAGCUCCUGGCAGGCGCUCUCUCUUGCUGGCAGCGUAUCGGUUCAAGUGUACAACCUGACGAGUGGGAAAGCCCUUAACUGCUGUCCCAAGAACAAUGCAGAUCGAGAAAAUUGAGGAGCCCAUCAACUCUAGGUACGUAUAUCUGCACGUGUGCAACUCUGAUGGACGGCAGUUGGGUGUGUGGGCGUGCCCCUCGGGUGCUCAAGUAGUGGAUGACAGUAAGUGACAGAUGCUCGGUUGUAAAGGGUCUCAAAGCUUGUUAUAUUGACUGAUGUUAGCAGAGUGACGGGGCAGACUCGUGCACGCACAAAUAUGUGGUCACUAUCUCAUCUGCACAGAUUGAAACCUCGCUCUGUGGUGUGUGUGUGUAUUUUUUUAGGGCUGUCAAAAAUAGCGGUAACUAAAUUAUUGCAGUCGUUUAAAAUGUUUAGAGUCAUUAACUCAUGCGCAUUUUGUCAAGCCACAUCUGUCUGUCGUUGUCUGUGCAUAUUUUUUGGGGGGUAUCAAGAAUAGCGGUAACUAAUUUAAUGCAUCAAUUUCAUGAACAUGUCAAGCUACAAGUGUCUUAUGAUGGCAGAUGAAGCCACAAGGACCUCCCCAUCCAGUCUUAAUAACUUCAUUGCAAUACAUUAGUAGGCAAAUAAAAUUUAAUACAUUAUAUUUGUUAAUACCUUAAAUUUGGUUAAAACUCGGAACUCGUAUUUCUCCUAUUCGUUCAGAUUGUUGAAUAAUUUAUCCAAUGAGAAAAAAUUGAAAGUGAAUUCCUCAAAAUCAAUCAUAAAGCCUUCCUGAACGGUAUUUUUAAAAGCAAAAGUAUUUCAUUUUAAGGGCCUAUACCUUUUCCCACUGUUCUGGCCUAUAAAGUGCGUUAGAAUGUUGUAUUCUCAUGUUAAACGAUGCCAAAGUUUCAGAGAAUGAGGUUAGCGUAUUUGGAAGUGAGCCCUAAAAGAAGUUUGGGAUGGCUCAAAACACUCUGUUUCAAAAGGUGUGGUAAAACUACCCCUUUGUGAUGCGGACUUCCUUAUAUGGUUAUAUGGUUUAUGGUUCUGAAUACAGAUGGAAUAGGUGCAGAGCCUGCAAAAUCUAAAAAGUUUUCUGUGCGUGUUAUUGUGUGUAGCUGCUCUAUAGGAGACCACAAGUCAAUACAAAGGGUUGAAAAAUAAUGUAAUGUUUUCUUAUGUAACAAGAUGUCCAAAUUCUGGUUCUGUGGUCAUCAUCACUAUUUUAUUUCUUACCGUCAGCUUGCAGCUUGCAUUGUAUGAAGGUGUUUCAAAGAUUUAAACUUUCCAGCUCAGUGUGCAGGUGUACCUAAAGUUGUGGCCGUUUGGUGUUUACAUAAACAUUUAAUUAGAGCGCUUUGUUUGUCUACUUAGCGUCGGAUUAACUCAAUGGACUGUUUGACAGCAAGUUUCCAAAGUUUAAUUUAAGCUGUCAACACCCAUAAAGCUUCCACGAAGGCGGCGGGGGGGGGGUUCUAAAAUAGUUUUGUCAGGGUGCACUUUAUAAAUAUGGCUGCCAUCUAUUUUUAUGUUCCAGCUGUUCCUGACUUGACUGCCAUAAAGGCCAUUCAUUUUCUAAAAUGGGCCUCCAGUAACUGUUUUUAUAGCAAAUGAGACUCUAAAAUUUUACUUUGAACAUGCAGCACUUUCCAAACAACCGCACAGCAUCAUAGUGACAGCAUCUACACCAGGAAAGACAACACAUUUAGUUAUUUGUCCUUUUUAUGUUACGAUGUAGUGGUGUGGAUAUGUAGUUAAUGCAUCUACUCUCAGCUUACUUUUUUAUGUUAACUUGUCUAACCAAAGGCCUGUCUCUCAAAUAUCGGACCAUGUGCUGUAGCAUGUUUUCAGCUUCCAGGAAUUGUGUACAACAUGGGGGCAUGCAUUAUCAUGCUGUACCAUGAAGUGAUGGCAUAAUAAUGCACUUUGAGAUUUUGACUUGGUAUGUUGGCAGUGCAUCCAUCAAUAAAACACACUUGACCUGUGUUCUUUGUCCGUAGUAUAGACCUGCCCAUGCCAUAAUCCCCUGCCACGAUAGGCCAUCCGAUCUGCAGACAUUUCUGAUUUUUUUUGCACUUUUUGUGAGUAUACUAUGAGGAUGAAGUGAAGAGGCAAUGUGCAGUCCACAGCGGAGCUCUCCAUGGUGCUGAUUUAGGGAUAUGUUUGGUAAUUGUGGCACUUAGGUCAGAUUGAAGAUCCAUCCAUCCAUUUUCUAUGCCACUUAUCCUCACUAGGGUCGUGGGCAUGCUGGAGCCUAUCCCAGAUGCCUUUGGGUAAGAGGCGAGGUGCACCUGUGACGUACAUAUAGACAUCAUUCACAUUCAUACCUUUAACACGCAUAUUUUUGGAAGAUGAUCCCCUGACCUGUGGCUAAUAUGCGGCCAGAUCUAAGAUACUGCUGCAAAUAAAAAGGGUCUUCAUUGCAUUUCCAUAUGACAAAGUCAUUUGAAAGAGCUAAAGCAUUAUGAAUUCAAAUGAAUCAGUGUCAAACAUUCCAAUAUUGACUUACGUCGGUGUCAGAUGAGCAAACAGAAAGAUUUAUUUCAGUUAAAUGUCCUCCCAUUUUCUGAUGCAUGACCUGAAAUGUUUCUUACCCUGAUUUUAGUUGUCAAACUUGGAAGGCAUAUUUAAAUACUCAUCCCCUUGAAACAACAGCCUCAUCCAUUUGCUCAUUAAACACUGAUUUGCUUUCAAUAAACACAAUCCCCUCUCCAAUCUCACCACAUCUCCUCUA